AUGUGUCAUAACGGCAACGGCACGGUUGAGUGUGGAGCCUGCAGGGAGUGUGUGCAGUGCCGGGCGUUUGGCACAGGAGAGAAGAAAGACACGUGUGAGAGAGACUGUAGCUACUUUAACCUCAUCAAGGUGAAGGACAGAGAUAAACUCCCUCAGCCGGUGCAGGCCUUCCCCCUCAUGCACUGCAAGGAGAGAGACGCCAACGACUGCUGGUUCUACUACACCUACGCCGUCAACAACACGGAGAAGGAGGUGCAUGUGGUGGAUGCUUUAGAGUGUCCGGCGGGUCCUGACAUCAUUCCCAUCGUAGCGGGCGUGGUCACAGGCAUCGUUCUGAUUGGUCUAGCUCUGCUACUGAUCUGGAAGCUGCUCAUGAUCAUUCACGACCGCCGCGAGUUCGCCAAGUUUGAGAAGGAGAAGAUGAACGCCAUGUGUUUGUCCUGUACCUGA